AUGAAAAGGACAAAUAGCCGUGUAGGCGGCUAUUCGAUUAGUUACAAUGACAUCGUCGAUCAUGACGAUGUUGCUGAUGCACAGAUUAGCAAACAAAGAAUAAGGACGAUGAAUCGGGAUGGAAGAUUUAGAAUAAUUAAUUUCGCACAAGUGAUGUUGGUGAUAAUGUCGACUUUAAUAUUUAGUCUAGUUUCUGGAUCACAAGUCCCUUAUAAUUAUUUUCCUCAAAAUCAGUAUCAACCACAACCACAACCAUAUCCACAACAAUAUAAUACUAAUGGGAAUAGUUGGAGUACUAAUGGGAAUAGUUGGGGUUAUCAAGGACAAUAUUAUUCAAAUGACGCACAUCCACCACCUCAACAAUCUUUUCCAAAUAAUUAUAAUGGACCAAAUAAUUAUAAUGGACCAAAUGAUUAUAAUGGACCAAAUAAUUAUAAUGGACAACAACCACCACCGCAACAACAACCUUUUUUUAUACCUAAUAACAAUUCGUUGCCAAACAAAGAAGUCACCAAUACUAAUUCACCAGUUAAAUCAGAAGAUGAACUCAGUGAUUCAACAUUUUCGUCGUCAACAACUACCCCACUAGUAAUAGCAACAGCCACAUCAGAAUCACGUCCAAUGGGACUAACGAAACCAGCACUUAUCGGAUUAAUUGUUGGAAAGCGGAAGAAAGAUCGUACUCCUACAACAUUAUUGCCCGCACGUGAAUUAUUAUUCCCAACUCAAAUGUCUGCUGCACAUCAUAAAACCAUUUAUGGUGCGAAGAAUGCUGAUACUCCGGUUUGGGAUGUUAAAAGUGAUAUCGAAAGACGCAGUACAAUUAGAAUACCAAAAACCAGGAAAACGUGGUUCCCCGCAUUAACAACCAGAACUCAAGCUCAAAAUGUGAAAAAGGCGGCAGAAAAUAAGGAAAAACAGUUGGCUGAUGACAAGAAAACUGAACGUGCCAGAAAAACUACCUCAUGGUUGGCCGCAUUUAAGAAAAGUAGUGGAAUUGGUGAAGCGGAUAUCACAUCAUCACCCUCAUUAGGAGUUGGUAAUACUUUAUCAGUAUCACCACGAAGUAUGACUCCUGAAGAUCUUUCACCAACCAUGCCAACAUUUUUAGCUGGUCUUGAUUUAAGAGAUUCACGUAAACCAAAAACUCCAAUUACAGCAACAACACCAACAAUCAAUCCAAUUUUACCUGAGUCACAGUCAACAACAAGAUUGACAAUUAAAUUGGGUCAAGGAAUUGAGAGAAGAGAUGUUUCAUCUUCUGGCACUGUUUCUCCUCCAUCCAGUAAUAGAAAAUCAUGGCAUCCCGGGAUGGCGAAUGUUUCUGAUGAUCAGCAGCAACAAGCAGCAAACAUUCCAGUUCCACCAGUUCCUCCAAUGCCAAAUACAAGUAAUUUAGGAGGGGAUUUACAAACAACAGCUGCCCGCGGUGGCAGACUUUCUUGGAAUCCGACUGUAACAAGACGUGAAACAUUACGAGGAGGUGGGGGUGCAGGUACAGGCAGCGGAAAUCCUUCUUCGGCAACCACUGCAAGCAUUAAUGCAAGAAGAUCAACGAGACAUGGAGGAUCAGGAACAAACAUUUUAAACACCGGUAGUGGUGGAAAUAACACAACGCUACACCUGAAAAGACAAAGUUUAUUCGGUGAAGGUAGCGGAAUGAUGGAAAUGGAUUUGGAAAGAUCUUCGAAUUUAGAUUAG